GCGGGGGUGAGGCGGCAGAGGAGCAGCCGAGAGCGCCAGAAGGGAAGACGGGAAGCGCUGGAGAUGAUGACAGCAGCAGCAGCAGCAGCAGGAGUAGGCUGGCGCUGAGUGCCCUUGCUUCGUGCUCUCGGGAGGCGAGGUGGAGCUGAUGCACCUGAAUUGACUGGAUUCAGGUGCGGUCCAUGGCCCGUCGCGUCUGUCACGAGUGAAUUGGAAAGUUGUAGCGCACUGUUGUUUUCAAGAAAGCUGAAUGUAAAGCGCCGCACAGACGAACGAGACGAGACGAGACGAGACUGCAGUGGAGGAUAGAGAAUGGCGAGGGAAUUGAGGAGGCGGUGAUUUUAUGGAGGUUCCGAGGAGCGGAUCAAGGCUGGGAGGAGAGGAGGACGGAGUUUAGUGAAGCAGGGGAGGACGAAUGCGUGGGCGCUUGUGAUUUUCUCCGAAUUGCUCCAGGCUUAGGAACGGCACGAGGAGCAGGCGGAACUCGCGUGUGCGAGCGAGCUGAUGAAGGAAAUUGCGCCUUGUGUGGGGAGGUGGUAGAGUCCUAGUGAUCGGAAAUGAACUUAUGCUGCACUAGUGGGAGUUGUAAUUGGCAGACAACAGGGGGUAGUCACCAUGUAGAUGCAGUUCAGAGAACCGUCGUGGGGUGUAGUAGAGAAUUGCAGCACGCUGAUGGAAUGUGUAGGCUCGUUAGCAGAGGAUUACAUCGACGUAGCAGUAGUGAUGGGGGUCUUUCUUUCUCGGGGGAGGCAAAGGCAGCAAGAUGGUCGUCGCAUUUCGGGACUGUUCAGCCUUUGAAUGCCUCGACUACCCCGAAAUUCCCGAUUCAAAAGUCUUGUCUUUCGAAUUGUAGAGCUAGAAUUCCGACGCUGUUGACUACUUGCUUUUUAGAUAAGUUCAGAGUCCAACUGGUUUUACCUCUAGCUCUGUCGAGCUCGGGAAGGAAAAGGGAAAAUGGAAGAUGGACUAGCAGCAGGUCAGGCCCUCUCCCUGGACAUGCCGGUAUUUCAGCUCCCCGGAACCAAGCAAAAGGGAGAAUAGGUGGCGUCGAAUGCCGGGGAGUCGCUGUGAUAGGAGAAGCAGUAGCGGCAGCAGCUGCGAGCACACGACCGAGCCAUGCAGCAGCUUUGGCAACAGUUACGCAGCUUGCAGUUACUGCAGCUGCAGUUGUUUAUGGGGCCUUCUUAUCACCAUACGCCCAUGGUCUAAUUGGGAAAAAUGAAAAUGUGGGCUGUCCUGCACCCCUUCUGUUCGAUGGAGUGGAUGUAACCGGCUACAAGAUAUUUGAGGAGCCUGAGGUUCAAAAGGCUAUCAUUUUUGCUAGAGAAGCCCACAUAGGGCAGAUGCGAAGGACUGGAGAGCCUUAUAUUACGCAUUGUAUCCACACCGCACGUAUUUUGGCAGCUUUGGUUCCUUCCAAAGGCAAGAGGGCUGUUCAGACUGUCGUUGCGGGGGUGCUGCAUGAUGUGGUCGAUGAUACAGGGCGUAAUUUGAAUGAUGUGCGGGAGCACUUUGGGGAUGAUGUGGCAAAGCUAGUUGGAGGAGUUUCAAAAUUAAGUCACAUAAACCAGCUUUUGCGAAGGCAUCGGAGAAUUACUGCAGAUCAAAAUUCGACCGAAUCGAGUGGCUUAAGCUCUGCAGAAGUGGAUAGCUUGCGAGUGAUGCUUCUAGGAAUGAUCAAUGAUCCUCGCGUUGUCCUCAUCAAACUUGCAGAUCGUCUGCACAAUAUGCGAACGAUUUACGCUCUUCCACCAUCGAAAGCGCAUGCGGUAGCACAAGAAACUCUGGCAGUGUGGUGCUCAUUGGCAUCUAGGCUAGGGGUUUGGGCGGUCAAAGCUGAAUUGGAAGAUCUUUGUUUUGCAGUCCUGCAACCGAAGGCUUUCCGAAGAUUACGAGCUGCACUGGCUGCUAUAUGGAGUCCACACAAGGACUGGAGAUACUUAAGACGGAUGACGAAGAGGGCGAAACGGAGGGCACUACUGUAUGGUGAACUUAUGGAUCAAGAGUUGGAACCUAAGCCUGAUCCAGAGGAUGAGGAGGAACUGACUAUGAAGGACCUUCUAGAAGCUGUUUUACCCUUUGACGUGUUGUUGGAUCGGAGUCGACGAACAUCUGGACUGAAUUGCUCUGCCGUCUCAAAAGACGGGGUGAAGAAGAAAACGAAAGUAGUCCGAGAUGCAGAAGUUGCCCUCGCUGCGUUGGGUUCUUGCGAGGAGGCCCUAGAUAAGGAGUUACUUAUUUCAACCUCAUAUGUGCCCGGUAUGGAAGUCACUCUUUCUGGCCGUCUCAAGAGCUUGUACAGUACGCACUGCAAGAUGAAGAGGAAGGGUGUAAGUUUGGACGAGGUUUACGACGCUCGGGCACUGAGAGUCGUUGUAGGAGAUGGUAGCGGUAAGCUGCAUGUUGCUGCCGUAGAAGGAUGCUACAGUCUACUGAAUGUUGUUCACAGGUUAUGGACUCCAGUUGGUGGAGAGUUUGACGACUACGUCGUUAACCCCAAGCCCAGUGGAUAUCAGUCGCUUCACACAGCUGUGAGAGGCCCAGACGGAGCACCUUUAGAAGUACAAAUCAGGACUCAGGGAAUGCAUGAGUAUGCAGAGUAUGGUCACGCAGCACAUUGGCUUUAUAAAGAAGGUGACAGUGCCGUGAAAUCAAUGGAUAUGUUUGCUUCCACCCUCCCUUCUCCAGGAGCCGGUGAUGAGAGUACAUUAUCUGAUGAAGAAGAGUGUGCCUCUAAUAUAAAUGGAUACGGUAAAGAGUACAAACCGUCUCGCACUUGCGAGAGACUUCCUCCGAGGAACGUGCAGUUAGGUCAUCCCGCUCUAAGGAUCGAGAAUGGAAGGCUCCUCGCUGCUGUUAUUGUCAGAGUGGACGAUGAUGGACGCGAGCUGUUGGUCGCGGUUAGUUUUUCAUUGCGUGCAAGGGAAGCUGUCGCUGCCGGCAGAGCGCGAAACCAGAGGAGAAGAUGGGAAGCUUAUGCUGAGCUGUAUAAAAAGGUUUCAGAUCAGUGGUGGUUUGCUCCAGGUCAUGGUGAUUGGAGUACCUGUUUGGAGAAAUAUACCUUGUGCUCUGAUGGGAUGUACCAUAAGCAAGAUCAAUUUGAGAGAGCUUUGCCAACAUUCAUCCAACUUUUGGACUUGAAUCAACGCGAAGAAGACGAUUACAGGGAAGUGAUGUCAAUCGUCCAGGCUGGGGGAGAAGUAGAGGUGGAAUCAGCCGAAUCAACCGAAGACGACGAAAAGCCCUUGUUCAGCAGCGGGUUCGAGCCUGGAGUAUCUGUCUCUCGCAUAAAUAACAAGGUGAGAUUGCUUAGAUCAAUGCUCCAGUGGGAGCAGGAGCUCAGACACGAGGCUGCCCUGGAUGGUACUGUCACAGUCUUGAACCCCGACCAUCCCAAUUCUGCGGCACUUACGGAAGUGCUGGUCAUUCGCUGGCCGGAUGGUGAAAUAAUGCGAAUGCCAGCUGGCAGCACCGCUUCAGAUGCCGCAAGGCGUAUGGGUAUGGAUGGCAAUCUGGUGUAUAUCAACAGCCAAGUCGCCCUGCCACACAUGAAGCUGAAAGAUGGAGAUCUUUUGGAGAUACGAUGAUUGCGGUUUCUGAUCAUAUCUUUAAUGAUCUUAUGAGUCUCAGAGGACUUCGAGAGAGUGUGGAAAUAUAUACUGGCCCUCUACACAUUCUGCAAAAUCUCCCUGGAUGGAGGUCCUUGAAGAACAUUGUUCUUAAGCCGUAUUUGACAUUGUUCAAGGAUGUAGGUUAUUGAAAUAGUGGUGUAUUUUUUAGACCAAUCAAUUCGCCGAUUUUAUGGAGCUAUCUGCGACGGAAUAGUGGGAAAUUCUAGCCUAGUCUAAGCAUCAUUAUUCAUAGUCGUGCCGGUAUCUAUGUGCUAGGGGAACAGAAGAGGUGUACUCCACGCAACUUGUGAAUUAGCUCUUCUGUCAAUCUUUGUUGUAGAUACAGUGUAGAAUUAAACAUGACAGAAGUAGUUUGUAAAAACGUUUUCUUGGAACUUUCGAGAUGCACAGGUAGUUCCAUGCCGAGUCCGGACUUACCUUCCGGGACUUGGUUGUAAUUUGUUACAGUAAAUUUCUUAAUUAGACUUGCAAGCAAGUUUGUUUGCGCAUAAUGCCCCGAAAUUGCCAUGUAGCCUUUCACGUAAAUUACUCGACAAUUGGAUGGUCACUGUGGUAUUUGGCAUCACAUGUAAUCGUGAGAUGACCGGAUACGUCG